UAUGGGAGACGAAACCAAGCAGCUCAGGAUGCUGAACGAGAUCACAAGUGCAGACACAAUCUCGUGCUUCUUCGUAAGUGCCUUCCCACAGCAGCUCACCAUGAAAAUGCUGAAUCGCCCAGUGUUGCCAUUUACAUCAAAGAUGAAAGCAGAAAUGUUUAUUAUGAAUUAAAUGAUGUAAGGAACAUUCAAGACAGAUCACUCCUCAAAGUGUACAACAAGGAUCCUGCACAUGCAUUUAAUCACACACCAAAAACUAUGAAUGGAGACCUGAGGAUGCAGAGAGAACUUGUUUAUGCAAGAGGAGAUGGCCCUGGGGCCUCUCGCCCUGGAUCUACUGCUCAUCCACCCCAUGCAAUUCCAAAUUCCCCACCGUCUACUCCGGUGCCCCAUUCCAUGCCCCCCUCCCCGUCCAGAAUUCCUUAUGGGGGUACCCGCUCCAUGGUUGUUCCUGGCAAUGCCACCAUCCCCAGGGACAGAAUCUCCAGCCUGCCAGUCUCCAGACCCAUCUCUCCAAGCCCAAGCGCCAUUUUAGAAAGAAGAGAUGUCAAGCCGGAUGAAGACAUGAGUGGCAAAAACAUCGCAAUGUACAGAAAUGAGGGUUUCUAUGCUGAUCCUUACCUUUAUCACGAGGGACGGAUGAGCAUAGCCUCGUCCCAUGGUGGACACCCACUGGAUGUCCCUGACCACAUCAUUGCAUAUCACCGCACCGCCAUCCGGUCAGCGAGUGCUUAUUGUAACCCUUCAAUGCAAGCAGAAAUGCAUAUGGAACAAUCACUGUACAGACAGAAAUCAAGGAAAUAUCCAGAUAGCCAUUUGCCUACACUGGGCUCCAAAACGCCCCCUGCCUCUCCUCACAGAGUCAGUGACCUGAGGAUGAUAGACAUGCAUGCUCACUAUAAUGCCCACGGGCCACCUCACACCAUGCAGCCAGACCGGGCCUCACCGAGCCGCCAGGCCUUUAAAAAGGAGCCAGGCACCUUGGUGUAUAUAGAAAAGCCACGGAGCACUGCAGGAUUAUCCAGCCUUGUGGACCUUGGCCCUCCUCUGGUGGAGAAGCAAGUUUUUGCUUACAGCACGGCAACGAUACCCAAAGACAGAGAGACCAGAGAGAGGAUGCAAGCCAUGGAGAAACAGAUUGCCAGUUUAACUGGCCUCGUUCAGUCUGCACUUUUUAAAGGGCCUAUUACAAGUUAUAGCAAAGAUACAUCUAGCGAGAAAAUGAUGAAAACCACAGCCAACAGGAACCACACAGAUAGUGCAGGAACUCCCCAUGUGUCUGGUGGGAAGACGCUCAGUGCUCUGGAGUCCACAGUGCCUCCCAGCCAGCCUCCACCUGCAGGCACCUCGGUCAUCCACAUGAGCCUGCUGGAGAUGAGGCGGAGCGUGGCGGAACUCAGGCUCCAGCUCCAGCAGAUGCGGCAGCUCCAGCUGCAGAACCAGGAACUGCUGAGGGCGAUGAUGAAGAAGGCCGAGCUGGAAAUCAGUGGCAAAGUGAUAGAAACAAUGAAGAGACUGGAGGAUCCUGUGCAGCGACAGCGCGUCCUGGUGGAGCAAGAGAGACAAAAAUAUCUUCAUGAGGAAGAGAGGAUCAUCAAGAAGUUGUGCGAGUUGGAAGACUUUGUUGAAGACUUGAAGGACUCCACGGCAGCCAGCCGAUUGGUUACUCUGAAAGACGUGGAAGACGGGGCUUUCCUCCUGCGUCAAGUGGGAGAGGCUGUAGCUACCCUGAAAGGAGAAUUUCCAACCUUACAAAACAAGAUGCGAGCCAUCCUGCGCAUAGAAGUGGAGGCCGUGCGGUUUCUGAAGGAGGAGCCACACAAGCUGGACAGUCUCCUGAAGCGUGUGCGCAGCAUGACAGACGUCCUGACCCUGCUGCGGAGACAUGUCACUGAUGGGCUCCUGAAAGGCACGGACGCAGCCCAAGCUGCACAGUACAUGGCUAUGGAAAAGGCCACGGCCGCAGAAGUCCUGAAGAGCCAGGAGGAGGCAGCCCACACCUCCAGCCAGCCCUUCCACAGCACAGGUGCCCCUGGCGAUGCGAAGUCAGAAAUGGUGCCUUUGUCCGGCAUGACGGUUCACCACGCACAGAGCUCCCCUGUGGCCAUCCAGCCCUCGCAGCACUCCGUGGCCCUGCUGAACCCUGCUCAGAACUUGCCUCACGUGGCCAGCUCCCCCGCCGUCCCCCAGGAAGUAAGCUCCACCCUGCAGACGUUGCAGGCUCCACAGUCGCCACAGACACCCAUGAAUGGGUCUGCCAUGCAGAGCUUGUUCAUUGAAGAAAUCCACAGUGUGAGUGCCAAGAACAGGGCAGUGUCUAUCGAGAAAGCAGAAAAGAAAUGGGAGGAAAAAAGGCAAAAUCUGGACCACUAUAACGGGAAAGAGUUUGAGAAGCUCCUAGAAGAAGCUCAAGCCAAUAUCAUGAAGUCAAUACCAAAUCUGGAGAUGCCACCAGCUGCAGGCCCACUGCCAAGGGGAGAUGCCCCAGUGGACAAGCUGGAACUUUCAGAAGAUUCUCCAAAUUCAGAACAGGACUCGGAAAAGCUGGGGGGAAAGUCGCCCCCUCCUCCUCCCCCACCUCCUCGUCGAAGCUACCUGCCAGGAUCGGGACUCACCACCACGAGGUCAGGCGAUGUGGUCUACACCGGCAGAAAGGAGAACAUCACCGCUAAGGCAAGCAGUGAAGAUGCUGGACCAAGCCCACACACCAGAGCCACAAAAUGUCCAGCAGAGGAGCCUGCUUCAGCCUGGACCCCAUCCCCACCCCCUGUCACUACCUCCUCCUCAAAGGAUGAGGAGGAAGAAGAAGAAGAAGGAGAAAAAAUAAUGGCAGAACUCCAGGCAUUCCAGAAGUGUUCCUUUAUGGACGUAAAUUCAAACAGUCAUGCCGAGCCAUCCCGGGCUGACAGUCACGUUAAAGACACUAGGUCGGGCGCCACGGUGCCACCCAAGGAGAAGAAGAAUUUGGAAUUUUUCCAUGAAGAUGUACGGAAAUCUGAUGUUGAAUGUGAAAAUGGCCCCCAAAUGGAAUUCCGAAAGGUUACCACAGGGGUUCUAAGACCUAGUGACCCUCCUAAGUGGGAAAGAGGAAUGGAGAAUAGUAUUUCUGAUGCAUCAAGAACAUCAGAAUAUAAAACUGAGAUCGUAAUGAAGGAAAAUUCCAUAUCCAAUAUGAGUUUACUCAGAGACAGUAGAAACUAUUCCCAAAAAACUGUACCUAAGGUCAAUUUCAGCUUCUCUGGCGUUAGUUCAUUAGAAGAUGAAAUAAGCAAAGGGUCUAAAGUCUCAGGCCCCCAAUACUCUAUAGCUGACACCGAGAACCAGAAGCUGAAUUAUGGAAAGACAAAGGAGAUGGAAAAGCAAAAUACGGAUAAGUGUCACAUUUCCUCUCCUAGUAGAGUAACAGAAUCGAGUGUGCAUGAUUUGAAAACAGAAGAUCAAGAGGUUAUCAUGACAGAUUUUGGCCAAGUUGUUCUAAGACCCAAGGGGGCAAGGCAUGCUAAUGUGACCCCUAAUGAAGACGGAGAAUCCAGUCCAAGUUCUCCCACUGAAGAAAAUGCAACCACUGACAACAUUGCCUUCAUGAUUACCAAAACCACUGUCCAGGUUCUUUCCAGUGGGGAGGUGCAUGAUAUUGUUAGCCAAAAGGGAGAAGACAUACAGACGGUUAAUAUCGAUGCCAGAAAAGAGAUGGCCCCCCGACAAGAAGGGACUGACAGUGAGGAGCCUGUUGUGUGCCUGGACAAGAAACCAGUGAUCAUCAUUUUCGAUGAGCCCAUGGACAUCCGGUCUGCAUAUAAGAGACUUUCAACUAUCUUUGAGGAGUGUGAUGAGGAAUUAGAGAGAAUGAUGAUGGAAGAAAAGAUAGAGGAGGAGGAAGAGGAGGAAAAUGGAGAUUCUGUAGUCCAGAAUAAUACCACUUCCCAGAUGUCUCAUAAGAAGGUGGCCCCGGGCAAUCUUAGAACAGGACAACAGGUGGAAACAAAGUCACAGCCACACUCUCUGGCAACAGAGACCAGAAUCCCAGGGGGACAGGAAAUGAACAGAAUGGAGCUGGAUAAGUUCAGCCACGUGGAUUCUCCACAUUCGGAAUGCAAGGGUGACGACCUGACUGAUGACCAGUUUGAAAGCCCCAAGAAAAAGUUUAAAUUCAAAUUCCCUAAGAAGCAACUCGCCGCUCUCACUCAAGCCAUUCGCACGGGAACUAAAACAGGGAAGAAGACUUUGCAAGUGGUAGUCUACGAAGAAGAGGAAGAGGACGGCACCCUGAAACAACACAAAGAAGCCAAGCGCUUCGAAAUCACUAGGUCUCAACCUGAAGACACCCCUGAAAACACGCUGAGGAGGGAAGAGCAGUCCAGCAUCGAGAGCACGUCUCCGAUUUCAAGAACUGAUGAAAUUAGAAAAAACACCUACAGAACAUUGGAUAGCCUGGAGCAGACCAUCAAACAGCUCGAAAAUACAAUCAGUGAAAUGAGUCCCAAAGCCCUAGUUGAUACCUCAAGUUCUUCCAACAGAGAUUCUGUUGCAAGUUCAUCCCACAUAGCCCAGGAGGCCUCUCCCCGACCCUUGCUAGUUCCAGAUGAAGGCCCCACUGCCCUAGAGCCCCCUACGUCGAUACCUUCAACUUCACGUAAGGGCUCCAGCGGGGCCCCACAGACGAGCAGGAUGCCUGUCCCCAUGAGUGCCAAGAACAGACCCGGAACCCUGGACAAACCUGGCAAGCAGUCCAAACUGCAGGAUCCCCGCCAAUAUCGUCAGGCUAAUGGAAGUGCUAAGAAAUCUGGUGGGGACUUUAAGCCUACUUCCCCCUCCUUACCUGCUUCUAAGAUUCCAGCCCUUUCUCCCAGCUCUGGGAAAAGCAGUUCUCUGCCCUCUUCUAGUGGUGACAGCUCUAACCUCCCUAAUCCACCUGCUACUAAACCAUCGAUUGCUUCUAACCCUCUCAGCCCCCAAACAGGACCACCUGCUCACUCUGCCUCCCUUAUCCCUUCUGUCUCUAAUGGCUCUUUGAAGUUUCAGAGCCUUACUCAUACAGGUAAAGGUCACCAUCUUUCAUUCUCACCGCAGAGUCAAAAUGGCCGAGCACCCCCUCCUUUGUCAUUCUCCUCCUCCUCUCCUUCCCCCGCCUCCUCCGUCUCACUGAAUCAAGGUGCCAAGGGCACCAGGACCAUCCAUACUCCCAGCCUCACCAGCUACAAGGCACAGAACGGAAGUUCAAGCAAAGCCACUCCAUCCACAGCAAAAGAAACCUCUUAAAGGUCAAAUCCUAUCAGGCACAAGUCGAAGUUACAUUUAAAAAAAAAAAAAAAUUAACAGUCUACAACAACUGUUUUCACAAGAGAAUGUAACAUAUUGCUGUAUCGUUUGAGGCUUAAUGCUAAGUAUGUGCUAAAUACUGGAUUAAUAGAUUUCAGUAAAGCUCGUUUGGUUUUUGUUUUUUUUUUUUUUUUUUUGGUUUUGUUUUUACUUAGUUGCUAUAGUGUCUACCAUCUAUACUCAAUAUCUAUAAAAUGCAGUAAGCAUGUGUUACAAAACGAGGUUCUGGUGAGAGAGAAAGGUGCGUGUGAGACGGGAGAAUUGUCUUAAGCAUAUAAAACAUGUAUGAUUCCAGAAUUUUAGUAUGUUUUGUAUAAAACUAUUUUUCAUUACGGAGACUAGAAGUGAACAGAGAAUUACACAAGUGUGACUAUACAAAUUGUAAAAGAUACUAUAAUAUUUCCUUUUAUUUUAGUGUUAUUUAGCUUUAUUACAGAUUUCUAUUUUUGUCAAAACUUCAUGGUUCCUUUCAAGAUCUUUUUUGCCAAAACAUUUUGAUACUAUAGCAUUGUACAUUUGAAAGUAGUGUGCUAGACUAUAAAACCAAUGAACUUCUACCUGAGCCCUACAGACAGGCAUAUGUAGAAGGCAAUUUAUCAAACCUAUUGCACUGCCAUGAAAAGUAUAUAUAAUAAUUUGCUAGCCCAAGCAAGCUAGUUUUCUUUGCUUGCUUCUUUUCUUUCUUUUUUCCUUCCUUUUUUUUUUUUUUUUUUCUUUUUUCUUUUUUAACAUGUUGAGGUUCUCCAGUUGUUUUCUUUGGAAUAUCUAACCCCUUCUUUUGUUUUCUGAGACCUGGUAACCAACGCUCUUGCAUUGUGGAUUUUAAAAUGUACACUCUGUACGGUUCUGUAAACCGAAAAACUUUUGUAAAUAUAUAAAUAUACAUAGACAUUAAAAUACUGUAUGUGACAGCACAUAGAGUAGUUUUCCCACACCAAAGUUAAUUUUUAUGCAUGCUUUAAAAGUAUAUAUUGGGAUGGGCAGAAAUGGAAGUAUCCAUACAUUUUUAAAAAGCAACAAGUUUGCACAGCUAGAGUGUUUGUAAAUAAAUGUAUUUGUAUAACACAGCCAUGUAAUAUACAGAACUAUAAGCAGAGACUUUGCAAAACUAAAUAAAGGGCUGCAUGCUUAUUAUUUUUUGUACCUUGUCACUAUAACUACUUCCUAGUCAAAGAACGAAAUGUAACUGUUACCAAGUUUAAUGUUUUUCUGCUUUGAGGCUUUUUUGAGGGAUAUAACCACAUCCACUCAAGAGGACACUACUUUUCUGAAAGCUCUGGGGUGACUAAUGAUGAGUUCCUAAUAAAUUAAUUGCAAGUGUGGUGCCUUGGAUGUGACCUGUUGGCUCUCUCUCUCUCCUCUGUGGCUUAUCAAGGUGUGGAUGACAGAAAGCAAACCUGGACACAGAGUUUCUACCCUCCGUUCCUGGAGGGGCUCUUAUUAUUUUCUCUCUUUUGCAAAAACUUCCAGCAGGAGUAAAGUGGAAAUAAAACGACUUUAUCACUUG